ACCUUACAGCCAGUCUGGCGAUUUAAUUUUUAACUAAUGAAUAAACUAUUAAAUAUUGCACAAGCCGUUCCGCGGCAAUUUGUGCGACAAUAUGCGUUCAAGUCAGACCUGAAAAUAAAAUGGGUGCGCCCCGAAAAGAUACCUUGUAUUAAGCCCGAAAAAAGUGGUGAUCUUUCGAAGCUACCAAAAGUAAAUCCCGGUGAGGUGAUUCCAGAGUAUAGGGACUGUAAGGAGCUGGAAACUGCUGAUGAAACUGUGCGAUCCUUGUUCAAGCUGGAAAACAAUCCCAAUUAUUUGACAACUCGUUAUUACCGCGAUCAAAUGGUCAAGGAGGUACAGCGACACCGUCUGGAUUUUGGUUCAAUGGAGGCAAAAUUGGCCAAGAUGACCGCAACCAUACGCCGGUAUCAAGAGCACAUGGACGAACACCCGCGCGAUAAGAUGAUAAAAGUACGGCUAAAGGAGCUGAUUGAUAAGCGCAAAAAGUUUCUGAAGUACUUGAGGCGUUGGGAUUAUCGUCGAUUUGAGUGGAUACUGGAGAAGCUCGAUUUGGUUUAUAAACCACCACCAUCUUAUUUUCAUUGGAUAACGCGGAAGGAGUCGUUACAGAAGCUGACUGACAGCUACUGUGAAAAGCUAAGGGAGGAUAGGCUCGAAGCUUACCACCAAGAACUUCAGGCGCAACAGAUUCCCUUCCUGGAAGAAGCGGUGAAGAAAAUGGAGUUCGUACGCAAAGAGCAAAUCGCUUGCGAUGUGCCGAUAACAGUUACGGAGCAGCAAAUUGAGGAAGUAAAAAAGGAGUUAGCCGAACUGAUAAAGCAACGCGACAUUUCCGCAGAGAAUCUAAGGCAAAAAGCUGACAGCUUCAAUUGACGUGUUUUUUCAUAUUUUAUUGCCUAAAUAGACAGAUACAUAAAGUACUUAAAUGAA